UUAUGUAUAAAUAACAAGUGCAGGGUGGUGCCUUAGACAACUCUUGAGCACUGGCUGUCUUUAUAUGCAGCUUUUAGAGCAAAAUGGGGUCUCACUACACCUUAGUUUUCUUCAAAUUAUUGACCCUGUUUAUUCUUCUUCAAGCUCUGGUUGUUAAAACAGAAGAUACUGUGUUUAAUGAGACUAGUUUGAGAGGUAAGAAACUAGGGGGUGGUAAAUGCAAUUUCUUCCAGGGCAAAUGGGUUGUUGAUGCUUCUUACCCUCUUUAUCAAUCUUCAAACUGCCCUUUUAUCGACCAAGAAUUCGAUUGCAUUAAAAAUGGCCGCCCUGAUAGACAGUACCUUAAGUAUUCUUGGCAACCCAACUCUUGUAAUCUUCCCAGGUUUAAUGGUUUGGAUUUUCUGAGGAGAUGGAGAGGAAAGAAGAUAAUGUUUGUGGGUGACUCACUGAGUCUCAACGAGUGGCAAUCACUGUGUUGUAUGCUUCAUGCGUCGGUGCCCAAGUCUAGAACCACUUAUGUGAGGAGAGAAUUGGUGUCAUCAGUUACUUUUGAGGAAUAUGGACUAUCGAUAGUGCUAUACCAUACAGUUUACUUAGUGGACAUAGUGCGAGAAAAGAUUGGGAGAGUACUGAAACUGAAUUCAAUUAAUGGAGGAAAUGCAUGGAGGGGAACAGACAUGCUAAUAUUCAACACAUGGCACUGGUGGACUCACACAGGGAAAUCUCAACCAUGGGAUUAUGUGCAAGAUGGAACUACCGUGAGAAAAGACAUGGACCGUUUGACAGCAUUUUACAAAGGACUGAAUACAUGGGCUAGAUGGGUUGAUUCAAACAUCGACACUUCCAAGACUAAAGUUUUCUUUCAAGGGAUUUCUCCUACGCAUUAUCAGGGCAGGGAAUGGAAUUCAAAAUCCAAAACUUGUUAUGGGGAGCUAGGGCCGCUAACAGGGUCGAAGUAUCCAGCAGGAGAACCUGCAGCGUCUCUUAUUUUGAAGAAAGUACUGAGUUCAAUGACGAAACAAGUUUACCUGCUUGACAUCACGACACUCUCCCAGCUAAGGAAAGACGGCCACCCGUCAGCUUAUAGUAAUGAUCAUUCUGGAAUGGAUUGCAGCCACUGGUGCCUUCCUGGCUUGCCUGAUACAUGGAAUCAAAUUCUUUAUGCAGCUUCUUGAUGUGAACAUACAGAUAUAUGGGACAAACGUAUAGAUUAUUCAGCUUCCUUUUCAUUAUAGUAUAUUUACUUGUAAUCAUUCUACGACCAUCAAUUGUGUAAUAUGGGUCUUAAAGAAAGGUAAUUGUGUAUGUCUACUUGGGCAGAUUAGGGAAGAAGAAUCAACUGUAAAGUAACUGACCAAGCAAGUUCAAUUACUGUGAAUGAAAUAAGAACUAUGUAUGUUUUGUA